GUUCCCUUUGCAUUUUGUACAAUAUUGUUAGCCCAACUAUACAGUUAUUUCACUUUUUAUAAUAACGAAAAAUAACGACAUCAGAAACCUCAUUGGUGGCUACAACCCUGGUUCCUGCAACAGUUGCAAUUUGAAGAGAAGGAAACCACUUUACACGAAGAAGUUUUACUCCAGUAAACGAUAUGGAAGCCAAGUCAACAGAUUGCCGAGCUGGUUCGUCUAGACUGAACACAAAUGUCCCGAACCAGCUGACAUCCAGCCAGCCAGCACCAUUAUUUUCAUCAUGUUAUGAAUUGGGCAGCUCCCUGGGAUCAGGCAGCCAUGGCCUUGUGUGUGAUGGGAUUCGCAAAUCUGAUGGCUUGGAGGUCGCCAUCAAACAUGUUCCAUUAAACAAUAUCCGUUAUGUGGAUACUUCUAAGGGCGAGCAUCUACCCAAAGAAGUGGCUUUACAGCAGGAGCUACAUAAAUCAGAGACAUGCCCUUAUAUUGUUAAAAUAUACGACUGGUAUCUGGAAGAUCAGCUCAUCAUGACUAUGGAAUACCCACGGCCAUGCAUGACCUUGCAUGAUUUCAUCCAAUGUCAUCCAAGUCUUCUGAGUGAAACCUUGGCACGUCGUUUGAUGACCCAAGCAGUAACAGCAGCCAAAUACUGGAUUGGGCACGGUGUCAACCAUGGUGACUUGUCAUGCGACAACUUCUUGAUCAAUACAGAUCUGAUGCAGGUGAAAAUUAUAGAUUUUGGAAACGGCAUGCUUAUCUCGACUACCAACAACCUAUUGUCAGGAUACUGUGACAGUGCGUAUGCGGUUGCAGAUACUGUCUGUGGUUUGGGUGAACUUCUGGCAAAAUUGGUGGGUUCCUGUCACUUCACUGGCAUCACUCACAAACACAUCGUAUCUGAAGAAUGCCAUGACUUGAUAAACCGCAGCAUAUGCACGGAACCAGCCGACAGGCUAACAUUAGAUGAGUUCUCGGAUCACAAAUGGUUCGUGCUGGAAGAAGGACAAGAGUGAUUUUCCAUACUGCAGAUAGAUUUAUUUUGCUGGUCUUUGAG